AUGGGCUGCGCAGCAAGCAUCGGCCGCCCUGAGGAGAUCACAAUUGGGGUGAUCACCCAAAAGCGCAAGGCGCGGAGCCCUCUUUCGAGCAAGUUCCCUUCAAACCUCCAGGGCAAGCAGGGAGAAAAGGCCGACUCUGUGAACCGUGAGUAUCAGGAGAAGAUCGAGUUUCUGCUGACGGUGCCACUCUUUCAGCGGCUCCCACAGGAUGAGCAUCCCGUCGUGGCUUCCGUUUGUGAGAUCUGCAGAUUCAAGCGGAUGGACCCCAUCAUCAGGCAGGGAGCACGGGGAGAAGAGUUCUUUGUGAUCAAGUCUGGGCAAGCAGACGUCUACGCCGCCAAGACUGAAGGGAAGCAGGAGAAGAUCGCAUCUUUGAAGGCGGGAGAUCACUUUGGUGAAGGUGCCUUGCUGCGAGAUGAGCCCCGCACUGCAACCAUCGUCGCGAUGAGCGAGGUGCAAGCCCUGAAGAUCAAGCGCUCCGACUUCCAGUCGCUGGGCUUGCACAAGAAGCUGAAGUUUGGCCGGCGAGCAGCGGUGAGCUCCAACAAGCAGAGCUUCGACAAAGCCAAGGAGCCCACCCCAAAGACGGAUGUUGACAAGCAGCUUAUUGCCCAGGCAAUGCGCACAAACGAGAACUUGUGGGUGAUUGGGAACUUGGAGGACAAGAUCCCAGCGAUGACUGCAGUGAUGUGGAAGGAGUACGUGAAAGCGGGGAAGAGGCUCAUUACGGAAGGUGACAUGGAGGCGGAUUUCUUCUACGUCGUGCAGGAGGGCAAGUUCGAGAUCACGGUCCGCGAGGAGAAGCUGCAGGGCCUGGGGAUCUUGAAAGGCCCGCAGAACUACCUUGUGGUGGGUCAGUCGAGGAAAGGGCAAAGCUUCGGCGAAGUGGCCCUGCUCUACUGCUCCCCACGGGCGGCCACCGUGAGGGCGCUGACCAACUCCGUGGUUUGGGUCCUGGACCGCGCGCAUUUCAAGGACAUCCUGCUGAAGGCCUCGGAAGCCAAGAUCCAGGAGUAUCGAGGUUACUUGGAUAAUGUGCCACUCCUGUCUGCUCUGCUGAAGGAGGAGAGGAAUGAGCUUGCUCGGGCACUCGUUGAGAUGCACUUCUCCGAAGGUGAGAAGAUCAUCACGCAGCACGAGACGGGGAACACUUUUUACAUCCUUUUUGCAGGUAGUGUUGACGUGUACAAGGACGAGAUGCAGGUCACAUCUCUGGAGGCCAGCGUGAGCCGAAAGACUGCCCAGUACUUCGGGGAAUAUGCCCUGAUAGAGAACGAGAAGCGCACCGCAACCAUCCAGGUCCGGUCGCCAACGGCGAGGUGCCUGGUCUUGGAUCGCGACUCCUUCCAGAAGCUGCUUGGGCCACUCAAGGAGAUCAUUGAGAGCCACAAGGCCAUAGGGAAGGAUCGCUGGGCGCAGGAGCGCACUUCCGGCCCAGAGGCGGCGCUCGCGGCGGACCGCGAGAAGAUCUUCAAGCAGGACCUGUCGUAUGUGGGGCUGCUGGGGGUUGGAGGCUUCUCCAAAGUGGAGCUCUGGCAGCACAUGGUGAGUGGGACCAGCUACGCCCUGAAGGUCAUGGACAGGGGCCACAUCCAGAAACACGGGAUGGAGGACACUGUGAAGAGUGAGAAGAAGGCGAUGCUGAUGACUCGGAGCCCCUGGGUAGUGCGCCUCGUGGAGUGUUACACCAGCGUCAAUACCUUGGAAAUCCUCAUGGAAGCGUGCCUAGGAGGAGAGCUUCUGGCCACUUAUUCCAGGAAGGGCCUUUGGGGGUCGUUGGAGCAUACACGCUACUACGUGGCUGGAGCCGUGAUGGCGCUGGAGCACAUGCACGAGCGGCGCAUGGUCUACCGGGACCUAAAGCCGGAGAACAUCGUGCUGAACAGCGGAGGGCACAUGAAGCUGACAGACCUGGGCUUGGCCAAACUGGUCAUUGGCAAGACCUACACCACGUGUGGCACACCAGAGUACUUCGCCCCGGAGGUGAUUGCGCUGUCCGGGCAGACACUGGCGGUUGAUUGGUGGACGCUGGGGGUCUUCAUCUAUGAGCUCAUGUGCAGCUCCACUCCUUUCAUUGCCUCGCACCCCAUGCAGAUCUAUGCCAAGGUGAUGAGGGGCAUUGACAAGAAUCAUUUCCCUGGCUCAUGCCAAGGCGCCCCGGAGCAUUUGGUGAAGGCCCUGCUCAGGCCGCAUCCGGGCGAGCGCUUGCCCAUGAAGAAUGGAGUCAAAAGUGUCAAGGAGCACGACUUUUUCGAGUCGCUCGAUUGGAAUGCCAUGCGGGCAGAUGCUGUUGCGCCACCGUACAUCCCCGAAGUCGCCGAUGAAAGGGACGUGUCCAAUUUCUUUGCAGAUCCAAAGGAUGUGGCAAGUCCAUUAGCCUUCAGAGAAGACGACACAGGCUGGGACGACUUCCCCACCGUGGACUGA